UUUUUAUUUCUCUCUCUCUCUCUCUCUAGACUCAAUAGUUUACUUUCUUCCACGGGCUUGACUAUCUCGAGUUCACUACAAUUGCCUGACUUUUUCCCUAUCUGGAUUCCUUUCAGCGAUCAUUUCUCUCUCUCUUCGAUUGCCUCACCUGCAACUGCCCCUCUUUCUCUCUCUAGGUUCCUGCACCUCCACUUUCUCUCCGCCCACUUUCGAUCAUCAUAACUUAUUGCUCUAUCGUCAUCUCCAACCUCCUCACUCGAUUUUCAUCCCUUUCCCCUCUCUCUCUCUCUCUAUCUAUCUCCCAAUUCCCUUUACCUGCAACUCACUCUCUCUCUAGACCUGAUUGUUCAUCUCACCUUCAUUCCUCGUAACCCUUCCCCUCAACUCAAUUGAAUUCCCUUUGAGGAAAUGAGGGAUGUUUUCAUGGCUGAGAAGAAUUGCAGAGGCUUGUUGGCGACCGGUCCAGAGGUUCGGCCAUAUGAGCAAGGAUGAUGAGGACAAAGGUGAUAAUCUCCUCUGGUGCAAGGACCUGUGUCGCCAUUCGUUGGGGGAUUUCUCCAUUGCAGUUGUUCAGGCGAAUGAGUUCCUUGAAGACCAGAGCCAGGUAGAGGUUGGUAGAGAUGGCACCUUUGUUGGAAUCUAUGAUGGCCAUGGUGGCCCAGAAGCUUCUCGCUUUGUUAGGGAUAACCUUUUCCUCCACCUCAUGAGAUUUACAAGAGAACAUGGAAUGAUGUCUGAAGAUGUUCUUCGAAGGGCAUUCUCUGCUACAGAGGACGGAUUUCUUGCCCAUGUGCGUAGAACAAGGCAAGAGAAACCGUUAAUUGCUGCGAUUGGAACAUGUUGUCUCGUUGGAGUGAUUUGGGGUGGAAGGUUAUAUGUGGCUAAUGCUGGCGAUUCAAGGGCAGUAAUAGGUUGUCUAGAAAGGUCAAAUAACAUCAUUGCAGAGCAAUUGACUAGGGACCAUAAUGCGUGCAUGGAGGAAGUCAGACAAGAGCUUAGGUCCCUUCAUCCAGAUGAUUCACAUAUUGUAGUCCAAAAGCACGGAGUAUGGCGUGUCAAAGGCAUCAUUCAGGUGUCCAGGUCUAUCGGUGAUGCAUACUUGAAGAGGCCAGAAUUUGCGCUAGGUCCAUCAUACCUGCGAUUUCGGCUCUCGGAGCCUCUUCAUCGACCAGUCUUAACUGCAGAGCCUUCUGUGUACACAAGAAUCAUCAGGCCCCAAGAUAAAUUUAUUAUAUUUGCAUCUGAUGGCCUUUGGGAACAUCUCACCAAUCAGGAGGCUGCAGAGAUAGUGAACAGUUGCCCACGAGCAGGUAUAGCUAGAAGGCUUGUUAGAACAGCGUUACAAGAGGCAGCUAGGAAGAGGGAGAUGAGGUAUUCAGAUCUGAAGAAGGUCGACAAGGGAAUUCGUCGAUUCUUCCAUGAUGAUAUAAGCGUAGUUGUUAUAUACAUAGACCAUGAAUUGCUUGGCGCAAACAUGCCUGUGCCUGAAUUGUCUGUGAUAGGCUUUGUUGAUGCAGUUGGACCAUCAGAUUUCUCAGUGUUGCAGGGAAUCAAUGGACGAGCUAUGGCCCAUAUCUAAUUUGGCAUCUACGGCAUACCAUGCGGCCCCCUCCCCAUGUUUGUAUUUGUGAGUUCUGUUAAUGCUUGCAUGUUCAAACGAGGCUUGGCAUCUCUCUCUCUCUCUCCAGUUUACUUCUUCAUGAUUGUUUAAGGGUAAGAUCUGAACCUGUGCUUAGGUGAUGUGAUGAACCACACCUGUAUGGGGUCGGAGAACACCUGAUAUAAAUAUCUCUUUUUUAAUCAGGAGGUUAGCAAUUGUAUGCUCAA